GCGUGUAUGUGUUUGUGUGCGUCCGUCGCGUGUCUAUCUUUAUGCUGACAUGUGUAGACACGCACGCACAUACAAGGGGAGACAGACAGAUAUUUGUAGUACAUUUUGAAAAUAAUAAGAAUGACUUUAGAAGAAGGAUAAUAAUAUGUGGUGCUGUUCUUCCCUGUGUGACACGCUCGCUGUAUUACACACCCAUAUAAAUAUGCACAAAUAUACACGCAAAUACACAUGAACACAGAGAGUCACACAUACGUAAUGAAACAUCUGUCAUCAACAAACCUUUUAUGUGUACAUAACACACAGAAAAUACCGUUUAGCCUUAUACUACGAUCACUAGUAAGACUACUUACUUAUGUACAUGGGAUUAGAUAUUCACAGGAGGUAUUGUGGCUAGUUGGGACAAAAUAAAUUGACCAAAAUAAUUUGCAGAAUGAUUUCAGUGGAAUUACAUUGUCGACAUUCCUUAUAUGCUUCAAAUCCUCGUCAGUAUUAUCAGUGUCAACAGAACUCUUAAGAAUGAUGGCAUUAUCUUUCUAAUAGUUCUCAUAACUAUUAUAACAUGGGAUCCAACAGAAGUGUGAAUAGUUAUCAAAUCCGUCUUUUAGUAUAUUAUUCAUGUCAGCUACUUAUAUUGUAUAAUACUUGGAUUUUAAAAUUAAUCCAGUCGACGAAUAUCACCAAAGAUUAUCAUUAUCAUCAUCAUCAUCCUAUCAGUCGUAUACGCCGACAGAUAUUGGAAUCGUCAAGUGGAAAGGCAUCAGAAGUAGCAGCCUUGAAGGCUACAAUAGCUACAAUAGAUGGCAGUGAAUUAACUCAAAUCAGUUAUCAGUGUAUUGUAUAUGAUGAAACACCCGCGAAUAGGAUCCUUCUAGAUGAGAUAACCACAAAUACAUGUCAACUGUUGUCUAGGCAACAAAUUAUACAGCUAAAACUACAAAAAAUUCAAUUAUUUAAUAUAAAAGUUAUUACAACAGCUAACCCAUUGGCGAAAUAUCUGAAAAUUGAUGCAAAUAAUUAUACCCUGAUGACUGUACAACAUGUUGACAGAGAGGAAUUAUGCAGUAGUAAUUCUCUGACAGACACCCAACUGACUACAUCGUUAGAUUCACUAAGAGUCUGUUGUAUAAAUCGUAUGAAGGAGUGUAUAUUUCCCCUGAAUAUACUUGUACAGAUAGGUAUUGGCAAAGAAGAUAUUACUGGUAUCCUUGGUACAGAUACUACUACUACUCUUAGUAAUACUACAAGUACCACUACUACUACCACUACAAGUAGCAGUAGUAUAAAUAGUUUACGCUCAAAAUUUUUUACACUCCAAAUUAAAUUAAUUGAUAUCAAUGAUAAUCCCCCGAAAUUUCCAAAUUCUUUGCAUACAGUACAUAUUUCUGAAGGCAUACACAUUGGAUCACGUCUCCCAUUACCAUUGGCUGAGGAUUUAGAUUCUUUAGAUUAUAAUAUUGUUCGAUAUCAACUGAUCACACAAGGUGAUGAUACAUUUGAAUUGGUCCAGUUAUCCAGUGAAUUUCCAAGUCUUCCUAUGUUAUCGUCUACCUCUUCAAAUCAACCUGCCUACUCAUCAUCAAAUUCUGAUUAUUAUAAUAAUCUCCUCCCUUAUGGACAAGUGGACAGCUCUUAUACUGCCUACCAUCCUUCAUCGUCUAGAUCUCUCAUGGCUGUUAGUCAACAUCAUCUACAGUCACUACCUCAACAACAGCUACAACAAACCAGGCCAGAACAGCUCUAUUUAAAAGUAGCUAAACAAUUAGACUGGGAGACAAAACGUAGUUAUAAUUUUAUAUUAACUGCUGAAGAUAAUGGUUCACCGGCGUUCACUGGUCAAAUGAAUAUUGAAAUUAUUGUAACAGAUGAAAAUGACAAUCAUCCAGUUUUUCGAAACAAAAGUCUAGUUGUCUAUGUACCAGAGAAUUCUCCUGAAGGUGUACACUUGAUCCAGUUAAUUGCAGAUGAUCCAGACGAUGGGAUAUCCGGUCAAGUGGUCUAUAGUCUAGUAAAUCAGGGUGUGGAUAAAAUUAGCAAUAAUAACAAUAAUAAUGAUAACAAUAAUAAUAAUAAUAGCGAUUCUCGGAAGGGAUUGUUUGAAAUCGACUCUAAAACUGGUUGGCUGAUGACACGUGGACGAUUAGACUAUGAAAAAGCAAAGCAUCAUCUAAUCCGUGUUCUUGCCCGUGAUCAAUCAGGUCAUCCAGGAUUUGAUGAAGCAAUUGUCAGUGUAUUUGUCACCGAUGUGAAUGAUGUUCCACCACAGAUCACUGUCGAAUCAGUCAGUGGAAUCGCCUCAAGUAAAGCAAAGGAGGAAUCACAAGAGAAUAGGAAGAAUGUACUACAGUUGUAUAUAAAUGAGACACCGGGACCUAUUAAUCAGAUCAGUAGUCGAAUGAACACAAAUUUUGAUUCUUAUAACCUUGAAGAUGUACCUCUAUCCUCCACAAUGACACAGUUAUUAGCCUUUGUUGUCGUCAGUGAUCCAGACACAGGACAAGGCGGUAAUUUCCAAUGUCAUUUAGAAGCAGUCAGUAUGAGUAAUAGUAAUACCAAUAGAAACCAUAAAAAUUAUCAGUCAGCAUCACAUUCCUCUUCACUGAGGGAAAUAAAUCGUCUGGAUAAACUAUUCUAUUCACCUCAGCAUCUAUUGGACAAUGAACAGAAAAUGAAUCGUUUUUCACAACAAUUCCCUGGUAAUAGUCAAAGUUCUAUUGUGGGAGGAUUCCAGUUGAAUCCAAUUUCUAGUGCUAAUUUUGAACUGAUUACGCUUGGUGGAUUUGAUUAUGAAUUUAGUCAGUUAGAGUCAGUGAGGAUUGUCUGUAUUGAUAACGGUGAACCAAGUCUUACAUCGAGUCAUCUGGUCAAAGUAUUCGUUCAAGAUUUAAAUGAUAACCAACCGAUAUUUUCAAAAGGUUAUUAUAAUUUUGCAGUCCAAGAGAACAGUGCAGUGAAUACAUUUGUCAACAAGGUGAUUGCAAGUGAUGCUGACAGUGGAAAAAAUGCUGAAAUCAAGUAUCAAAUUAACAAUGAAGGCAAAGAAUUCUUUAAUAUUAAUCAGUUAGACGGAAGUAUUUAUACAAAUUUGGUAUUCGAUAGAGAAUUACGUCAAAAUUAUCGAUUUCAAGUGUUUGCAUGUGAUCAUGGUCAACCGACACCACUGACAGCUACAACAACUGUUGAAAUCAAUAUUCUUGAUGUGAAUGAUAACACGCCAGUAUUUGUUGGUCUAGAUCGUGAUGAUGCAUAUCAUUUUAGAAUAGCUGAAAAUCAACCUGCCAAUACAUAUGUUGGAAUUCUUCUCGGAACAGAUGCUGAUAUUGAUGAGAAUGCUGAAUUACGUUUUCGUCUUGUUGGUUCAUCAUUAAGCUUUAGAGUGAAUCAAACCACAGGGGAAUUGACCAGUCUGCAAAGUUUAGACAGAGAGAAACAAACCAAUUAUGAAUUAAUUGUACUGCUUAUGGAUAAGGGUAAACCUCCAAGGUCAGCUACAGCAAAGAUACAUAUUCAUGUGACUGAUACGAAUGAUCAUGAUCCGAUCGUUGUAUUCCCUGUACAUGGGAAAGGCAAUGUCAGUGUAUCUUUUCGUGAACCACCAGGGGAGGUAGUAGCACGCAUUGAAGCACGCGAUCCCGAUGAAGGUCAUAAUGCCUUACUACAUUUCAUUUUAUAUUCUGGUAAUCAAGCCUCAGUAUUUCGUCUUGGUAGUACAUCAGCUGAAUUAAUUAUUGAUCGUGAAUUAACCGAACAGGAUAUUGGCACCUAUCCGUUAGUGAUACAUAUACAAGAUUCUGGUAUACCAUCGAGAACGACAGAAGUAAAAUUUAUGGUUCAAGUAACAGAUUCCCCACCACGAGCCUAUUCACACAGAUUCACCAGUCAACAUGAAAAUCCAACUGGUGAGGAUAUAUCAAGCCUGAGUUUACAACGUCGAUUCAAAGAUAAUAAUAACCACUAUACAAUGAAUGAACAAGGCAAGCUGAUAAGAGUCGGUGAACAAUACUCCAGCAAUCCUGAUGAGAAUUUCAUUAGUGCCGGAUCAAUACUUAUUUCUAUUGUUGCACUAAGUUGUGCAAUCAUACUGGUUCUUCUAGGGAUUACAGUUUAUGUUUGUGGUCGACGAGGAUUUCAGAGUCUACGAUAUCAUACUAAUAGAAAUAAUAAUCAUAAUAAUAGUAAUAAUUAUCGAACGCAGUAUUUAACACGGAAUCCUAAUUCAAUCAAUAGUUUACAUAAGAUAACUGAUGAAAAACUUCAUUGGAAAACAAUUUUAAACUCGAAUCACAAUAGUCAUAGUAAUAUUCAUACACCCAAUCUAACUUUAUAUCCAAAUAGAUCAAUACUGAUCGAUAAAGACAGUGGGAAUCUCCUACACUGUCAUAUUGAUUCAACUAAUAAUUCAACAGUUAUGAAUAAUGCAGAAGAUUAUAUUGAAGGUCAAACUGAAUCAAUACGUUUAACACCAUUGAAUAUUAUUGAACAAGGUCACGGACAACAGGAGAAACAUUCAUCUCAUCAUGAAGGAGGUUAUACCACAUUUUUACCACUGUCAGAGCAUUCAUCUAACUGUUUGACAAAUUACACUAGUCUGCCAUUAGAUGAAAAGCACCAUUCAAUGUAUAUUCCGCUACAAAUUUCCCCCUUGAUGUUAAAUGAUCAAUUAAAACAAAACUGUGAAAAGUAUUGGACGCUGAAAGAUAGCCAUAAUAGUUAUUCAGCCUCGGCGGAGAAUCAAUAUGAUCAGAGACUGGUGUCAUUCAUAGCAUCGAAAGGAUACCAGUGUCUACGUCAAGCGCAAAAUCAAUCCUCGGAGAAUGAUAGUAGGGAAGAACAAUAUGAGUUGAAUGACAAGUCAAUAGACACAACGGUUACAGAGACCAAUUCUAAUACCACAACUACUAUAACUACUAUUACUGCUACAACUGCUAAUAACAAUACUAAUACUAAUGCUCCCAUUGAAACUAAUGAUAUUGUAAAUAGUAAUAUAACAAGUAAAUAUACUCCUGCCUAUCAUACACGAUCAUUAAAAUGUAAAAAAUCGGAUAAAGCCUUACAAAUAAUGAAUGAAUUAUGUGUAAUGCCUGAUCAUUUGAUAGAAACAACACAUAAUGGUCAUUGUACAUUGAACAACAAUAGGCAUUGUUUAAAUGACGAUUCCAGGAAGAGGAGUAGUAAUUUAAAAAGUUCAAAAAGUUGUGAAUAUAUCUUUAUACCGCAUAUAAAUCAUUCAUCAUCCCCGCCAGUUUCAUCGAACAGGAAGAAUCGUGAUCACACGUCGCCAAGAUUAGAUGCAAAUGUUACCAUAUUUACCGAUCCCAAUGACACACAUAAAGAUCCCUGGAAUUCUCUUCUUCAAACAAACAAAGCGACUGGAUCACUAUUCGACUCGCCGACUACAUCAACCACAUCAACUGUGACAACAUCUCAACAAACUUCUCAAAUACUAAAUUCAAACAAUACACUAACUACAUCAAAACCUUCAGAUUACUAUACAAAACUUCAACAGAUCAAUAAUAACAAUAGUAACUUACAAGAAAAAAUUAAAAGUAAUGCCAAACAUUUAAAUUCAUCUAUGAUUUAUUUUAAUAAUUCAAAAAACAGUGAAGAUUGCUAUUCUUAUUAUCAGGCGCCACCACCUGUAUCCUCUUGUAUUCAAUCAGUUGAAGGAAAAAAUCAAUCGAAUCAAUCAAUAACACCUAUUAAUCUUAUUGAUUUAAUGAAUGAUAAGUGUGGUAUUAAUUAUACAACAACAGUAUGUAAAUGUGGUGGUACAUUCAAAGAUAAAACCCCCACCACAUCUAAUAAUAAUAGUAAUAAUAGCAAUAUAACUGCUGGUAUUACUAACAAUAGUAAUCAUGAUAAUAAUAAUAAUGGUUCAUUGAUACAUAUGGUCAGAAAUCACCGUCACCAUCACCUCCAUCAUAAUCCUCAUCAGCAUAAUGCUCAACAUCAACAUCAGUAUGAUAAUUCAACGAUUCCAACUGAUUUUGUUUGAUCGAACUAAUAUAACUGAAUGAAAUGACCUUGGCACUAUUUAAAAAUUGACAUAUAUAUAUGUAUACACAUUUAUACACUUUGUAAAUUAUGAGAAAAAGAAGAUUUUUAAAACAGUUAACACAACAGUCGUACACACACACAUGUGCACAUGUACACACUCACAUAAAACACAUGCACACUCAAACACAAAUGAAUUCACCAACACACAGAAAUACAAAAAAGAUAAAAAUCUUAUGCAACUUGUAAAAUUUACAUAACUCAAAGAAAAAAU